AUGCAUCUGCUUAUUGUGGGCCUGCCUCAAAGGACCAGUAGGAAGGAGUCAGGCGUGGUUACUGAGAGUCAAGCUUACCACUUCAAGCCUGGUAUUUAUGUCUGCUCAAAGUGUGACCACCAGCUGUUUUCGAGUCGAUCCAAGUAUGAACACUCCUCUCCUUGGCCUGCAUUUACAGAGACUAUUCAUGAGGAUAGUGUGUCCAAGCACAAGGAAAGACCUGGGGCAUACAAGGUGGUAUGUGGGAAAUGUGGAAACGGGCUUGGUCAUGAGUUUGUAAAUGAUGGGCCAUCUAAAGGACUCUCGCGUUUCUGAAUAUUCAGCAGCUCACUGAAGUUCGUCCCUAAAGUUACUCAGCUGCUGGGGAUGUGGACAUUGUAUGACGAGAUCUGGUACAAAGCCUUCUCCAGGACACUAGAGCUCUGAAGAACUGUGACCUCAUCUCACAGCAUGAAACACAUGACUCCGGGUUUCUCUAUGCAGAUUUAAAUACAGAUGUCAUUCAGUUGAGUGGUAAGCAUUCAAUAAUGUUGCUAUAAUAUUUCCUUUUUAUACCACAACAAUCAGGAAAUAUCUUUUUAUUAAGAAAACACAACAUUUUAUAAGGCACAACAAGGUCAACAAGAAAUAAUGUAAAGAUGCAUUAUGUUAAUUACUGAAUGUGCCUUUGCAUUAUGUUAAUUACAUUGCUUUUACCUUGUAAUGUUCAUGUAAAUGUAUUAAUCUUUGUUGACACAAGAAGGUGAUGUCACCAGGCCAAGUUGACCUUGCUCACAGUCAGAAUGUGGGUGUUUUUUGCAUUAAGAACACCUUUACUUGGAUAAUACAACAUCUCCAUGGAGACAAGCAGGUGGUGGAUUCCCAACAAAAAAUUUACAUAGUGCAGCUUUAAGAUAGAAGUAAUGAUUGUCAGACAAGAAUACCUCCCAUGUGCAAAACUGAAAUAAAUAUUUUAAUGUUAA